AUGACCUUGCGCUUGGAUGUCGCACAGCAGAAAUGCUUGAGCUUGCCUCUUGCGGAGGAUUUGGGCGUAGGCGCGAAUCCCUUGAAGAUGCUGGGAAUUGAAGUGGUUGAAGCGGGAUCAAAGUGCUCUCCGGGAUGUGCCCUUGCGCAGAUCGGUGGCAGCAUGCUCGCAGUGCACGGCGGCCUCUCCCCCUCCAUCCAUCACUUAGACCAGAUCCGGCUCUUGGACCGGUUCUUGGAGAUCCCGCACGACGGGCCGCUGGCGGACUUGGUGUGGUCGGACCCUGAUCCGGACAAAAGUGGUUUUGUCAUCUCGCCACGGGGUGCUGGCUACGUCUUCGGCCAGGAUGUGGCCCAAAAGUUCCUCCACGUGAACCAGCUCAGCCACAUCGUGCGCGCCCACCAGCUCUGCAUGGCAGGCUACCAGGUGCUCUUUGACGACACGCUCUCCACGGUCUGGAGCGCUCCAAACUACUGCUACCGGUUUGGGAACACGGCCUCCAUCCUGGAGAUCUCCGAGGAAGGGAGCCGCUUCUUCAAUGUCUUCGGCCCCGCCCCUGAGAGCGAGCGCUGGGGCCUGAGAAGAGCGCGCAGCUGA